AUGGGUAUGGGAUGGGGUCGUCCUGACAACUUUGUGGACCAAAUUGGUCCUCAAAGUAAUGGAAAAUUCUCAUUCUUAUACUGCCUUCCAGUAGUUAACCUCCAAAUUGUGUAUCGUAAGACUAUGAGUUAUCUAAGGUUUGGUGCAGAUAUACCAACGCAACCAAAUUCAAGCAUUACCAAUUUGCAACGUGUUAAGGACAUGGCGCUUUACUACUUGGAGUUGCAAGGGAUUAGCCUCAAUGGUCGAAGACUCAAUAUAAGUGCAACGGUAUUUGCAUUGAGAGGCAACAUUGGUAGUGGGGUUUGCAUCAUAUACUCUAGCUUGGGAUAUUCAAGAGUUGCCAAGCAUGCUUAUGAUGUUUUAUUAGGAGAGUUAGAAAAACACUACUUAAAAUUUAAGAAUUUGAAGAGGUACAAUUCAAAUCCAUUGAAUUUGACUAUGUGCUAUGAAAGAGACAAGGAAGAAGAGUUCAAAAACCUUCCUAUUAUCACUUUUCAUUUCAAAGGAACUCAGGCUAAUAUGGUUGUUAUACCCGAAGGCUCAUUUGAAGUGGUAGAUAGAUAUAACUCGAAUAGGAAAAGAGUACUUUGGUUUGGAAAUGUUAUCAGAGCACACCAACAAACAAAUCAAAGAAGCAUUUAUGAUACUAAAAGAAAACAAUUACUUUUCUACCUAGAGAAUUGCUUAAAAAAUGCUUAA